AUGAACCUCCAGAGAACACCGAGGCCCGCGCUCACAGCGACCGGGGCCGGGUCCUCGGUCCUCUGCACGUUACAGAGCAAAGAACAGAACCUCACACUGUCCUUGAACAAACGGUGCAGACGGAGACUAGACUCCAGCAGAGAGACGGCCUCGCCCCGGACCUCAGCCCAGCACCUCAGUCCAGGACUUCUGCACCUCAGCCCAGAACCUCAGCAUCUCUGCCCAGAACCUCUGCAUCUCUGCCCAGAACCUCAGCAUCUCUGCCCAGAACCUCUGCCUAGAACCUCUGCCCAGGACCUCUGCACCUCAGCCCAGAACCUCAGCCCCAGGACUUCUGCACCUCAGCCCGGGUCUCUCCUCUGUCUUCUCCCCCACGAUUGCACCAUGAUGCCCCGGUUCCUGGCGGUGCUGUGGCUCGCUGUGGCGGUCCGCUCCAGCCCCCGGUCGGUGCUGGAGGAUGUGGCCGUGGAGAGGCUGGUGGUCCCCCCAAACUGUGUCCGAGAGGCGGCCACUGGAGACCAUGUCCGCUACCACUACAACGCCACGUUUCUGGACGGGAAAACUUUUGAUUCGAGUUACCAAAGGGGCGGGGCUAAAGUGGCUCUUCUGGGCGAGGGUCGUCUGAUCGCUGGGAUCGACAAAGGGCUGCAGGGAAUGUGUGUGAGCGAGCUCCGCAAGGUCACGAUCCCUCCACACCUGGCCUACGGCAGCACCGGAGCAGGUGAGGUGGUUCCUCCCGACACCACUCUGAUCUUUGAGCUGCUUCUGGUCGACCUGUGGAAUAACAAAGACCUAGUGGUGACUAGAACCCUGUCCACUCCUAAAGACUGUAAACGUUCCGUCACGAGGACCGACUUCGUGCGGUACCAUUUCAACGGCUCGCUGCUGGACGGCACCGCCUUCGACUCCAGCUACGCCCGGAGGCAGACCCAGGACACGCUGGUGGGAGACGGGUGGGUCAUCCGGGGCCUGGAGGAGGGGCUGCUGGGCAUGUGUGUCGGGGAGGUCCGCAACAUUAUCAUCCCUCCCUUCAAAGGAUACGGGGAGAAGGGAGCAGGGUCUGAGAUCCCGCCCCAGGCCACUCUGAUCUACGACAUCCUGUUGGUGGACAUCCACAACCCUAAAGACAACAUCACCACCGAGGACCAGGUGGUCCCCGAGUCCUGCACUCGCAAAUCUGUGGUCGGGGAUUACGUCCGAUACCAUUACAACGGAACCUUUUUAAACGGAGACACCUUUGACACCAGUUACCAGAGGAACAGCACAUACAACACGUACAUCGGGAUGGGCUACGUGAUCGCAGGCAUGGACCAAGGUUUACUGGGAGUCUGCACCGGGGAGAGGAGGAGAGUGGUUAUCCCUCCUCAUCUGGCCUACGGAGAGCAAGGAGCAGGAAACGUGAUCCCUCCGUCAGCGGUGGUGGUGUUCGACAUCCACAUCAUCGACUUCCACAACCCCAAGGACACGGUGGAGAUCCAGGUCACGCACAAACCCCAGGUCUGCAACGAGACCACGGAGGUCAACGACGUGGUCAAGUACCACUACAACUGCUCCCUGAUGGACGGGACCCGACUCUUCUCCUCACAUGACGACGACAACAUGCAGGAGACCACGCUGGGCUACGACAUGGUGGUGGACGGACUGGACUUGGCUCUGAGGAACAUGUGCACAGGAGAGAGGAGGAUCAUCACCAUCCCGCCACAUCUGGCCCACGGCGAGAAAGGAGCGUCUGGCGUUCCGAGCAGUGCCGUGCUGGUCUUCGAGGUGCAGAUGAUGAGCUUUGAGAAGGGCGUCCCGUCUGGAUACAUGUUCGUGUGGCUCGGGGAAGCUCCCAGUAACCUGUUCCAGACCCUGGACACAAACCAGGACAAGAAAGUGCUCCUGGACGAGUUUGGCGACUUCAUCAAGCUGCAGGUGUCGGAGGGGAAGGGGCGGGUGAAGCCGGGGAUGGACAUGGAGCAGGUGAUCCAAGACAUGUUCCAGAACCAGGACCGAGACAAAGACGGCGCCAUCACAGAAGACGAGCUGAAGCUGAAGGUGGAGGAAGACCGCGAGAAGGCAGAGCACGAUGAGUUGUGA